ACCUAACAGCAGGAGAGCUCUCCUGCUAGUUUCUGCAUACUGUGCGCACAGUAUGCGCGUAAAACUGUAACGAGGCGACUUUUGACUCGACUCAAACGUCACUUCAAAGUAUGCGCGUAGUAUGCGCAUUCACAGCUUGUUGAUCGCCUAGUAUCACCGCGAAUGAGAGUAUGCACGCCCGUGUGAGCGCUAACGCGCGGUGCCAUCUUCCUGGCAAAGGUCAGCAGACUUCUGAGUCGACUCAAAACGUCGCUUUGUAGUGAACGCGGCCACCUUCCUGGCAAAUGUCAGCACCUGCGCUUGUGAUUGCUUAGUAUCACCGCGAAUGAGAGUACGCACGCCCUUGUGAACGCGAACGCGCACGCGCGGGGCCAUCAACCCCCGCACUGUCAGUACCCGCGGAGCGACUUUCCCGCCGUCUUUUCUUGCGAAUGCGCAAUGGCGGUGUCUGCAGCGCUGGUUCCCGCCGUCGUCCUUUGGCUGCUGCUCAACCUCCUCGUUCCCGUUCUAUUUAAGUGUGUGGAAUUCACUCUCCGCUCCUUCCCCCUGCACUGGCGCUGGUUGCGCGAAGGCAGGCGGGGGAGCCUCAAGUGGAAGCGGAGGGGGGAGGGAGCGGAAGGCGCUACUAAAGGGGGCGGCAGCGCCCCAGGCGAAUGUGCUGCAAACGGGGGAGGUGGAGCAUCAGAUAGUGGAGGGGCGAGAGGGGUGGAAGGGGGGGGGAGCGAGGGGAGAAGGAGAGGCGGAGGGGAACAGGGGGUGGCGACGACUGGAGUUUCAUGCAGCGUGGGGUAUCUCCAAAUCCAUACCACGUGCUUCAAUUCCCGUCUGGAGCACCUUCGUUUGCUGCCUAAUAAAUCAGCCCCCAAAAGGCUUCUUCGAGCGUGGUUCACCUGUGGAGUCGUCGCAGCAUGCUUUGUCUUCGUAUUCGCCUCUCUGGUGCUUCUAUGGGACGGCCUUGUUGCUUCUCUCCUCGUCCCUCUCUGCCACUACCUCUCACGCCAACCGCAUCACCAAGAAGAGCAGCCUCCAUACUCUCUCAGUCAAAAUCAACACAGCCAGAGCCGCUACAGCCACAGCCCCUCUUUCGAUACCUCCACUCCCCCUGUCAAUCCGCUGAUAGUGAAUGCUUCUGUCGCACAAGCCAUAGAUCCCUAUGGUUCCCCUGUAGCAGCACGAGCUCGCUAUGCCACAACCCCGGCCUCUCUUCACGUGCUGCAGCCUGUGCUGCCAGGUAUCAACAUGCCAUUAGCUGAUCUCAGCUACCUCUUCAUCGCCACUCUCAUCAGCCUAGCGUGGCAUGAGGCGGGCCAUGCCGUGGCAGCCGCUGUCGAGGGUGUCAGAGUGCAGCACGUGGCAUGCUUUCUCCUCGGCCUCCUCCUCCCCGGCGCACACGUCGCCUUCGAUCCCAGCGAUUACAACUCCCUCCCUCCUGCUCGGCUCUUGAGAAUACUUUCUGCUGGCAUCUGGCACAAUAUUGUGCUAUCCCUAUUCGCUCUGCUGCUCCUCUCCUCGCCUCUCCAGGCAGCCCUCUUCCUUCCACUCUACUCCCAGGCUCACCCAGGCCUCAAGGUGACAUCCGUGCAUCCAUACUCCCCUCUUUACAGCCACAUUCGCCCGGGAGACACCCUACUAGCACUAGACCACAAUCCCCUCUCGUCUCCUGCGGUCUACUCUCACCUCCUCUCCCGCCUCUCUCACCUCUCCCACCGCAGUCACCUAUCUCACCUCUCCCACAAUGACAACCACCCUCCACUGCCAUCCAAUUUCUCCCUACCCUCGGACCCUCCGCCCUCCACUAUUUACCAUCCUGCAACCACACUGUUCCCUCUGUUGGACAAUCUUCCCUUCAGAGGAUAUUGCGUUCCCCUUUCAGCCAAUCACAGUCUGCCACCUGGAAUUCUUAGUUCACCCUUUCCGCCCAAUGAUAGGCCGCCACCAUUGCCUUUAACCACUCCAACUCCCAGCUCUUUCCUGGAACCUUCCCACCACCACCGCCAUCAUUCCAACCUGGAGCCACCGCCACCAUCAGCACUCUCCUGUGAGGACUCGUUUCCUGGAACCAUCCUUUUCCGGUGGGCUCCAGCUGGCGAUGCGGAACCUUCCUUGCAGGUUCCUGCAGCUGGAUGGCAGCACCGGCAGCAGGAAGCUUCCAUGCAGCUCUCAGGACAUGGAGCCCAGCAGCAGGAAGCUCCUCGGAGGGUUCCUUCCACGGCUUGCCUGCGGCCUCGGGAUGUGGUGGAGGGAGGGAGGAGGUGUGGGUGGGGGUUGAUCGAGGAUGGUUUUGAGGCGCACCAAAAUUGGAUGGAGGAUGGUGGGAAAGGCACGAGGAAUGAGGAGCACCGGCGAUGUGAUCAGGACUCCACCUGCAUGGCCCCUGUCCUUCCACGUCACCAUCUGCUGCUCCAUGUACAUUUUCUCUCCUCCUUCUCUUCCUCCUCUUUCAUUUCUUCGCCGCCCUCCUCCGCUUUCUCUCCUUCCUCCUCCUCUCCCUCCUCUCCCUCCUCUCCGACUUCUCUGGUGUUUGUGGGUACCAUCGAGUCCUUUGCCCGAGGCCUUUCUCUCUCCCCCUGGCACCCCCGCACACUCACACUCCCUCUCACUCUGCCUAAUCCUACACGCGCACGUGCGUCCUCGCACACACCUACUCACGCGGCGCAUCCCAGGAGAUGGCUGCGGGCUAUAAGGCUACCCGCUUCUGCAAGCAUGAUUGGCAGAGAGCAGCUGCUGCAGAAACAGCAGGCCCUGCAGCAUCAGCAGCACGAGCAGGAGCAGCAGCAGCAGCAGGAGCAGGAGCAAGAGCAGGAGCAGGAGCAGGAGCAGGAGCAAGAGCAGGAGCAGGAGGAUAUAGAAGAAGAGCGUCGUAACCAGUCAUCACUGUUACCAGCAUCGCCAUCAUCGGUGCUUCAAUUUUCAGCACCGUUAUGGGGGCCUAUGGUGGUGACACGUGCCAUUCUCUUUGUCGUCCACGUGUCCAAUGCUCUCGCCCUCAUCAAUGCUGCCCCUAUCUUCUUCCUCGAUGGGGAGGCCAUUCUUUCCAACCUGCUCCGCCUGCUUCUCCCAUUUCCCUCGUAUCCUCUCCCCUCGCAUCUCAACCUCCGACACCAGCACCAGAUAGCUCUCCAUCAUCGUACACUUCGCACUCUACUCUAUGGGGGCUCUCUUCUUCUCGCCAUAUCCAUGCUUUCCUCUGCGGUGUUUUCUCGUUAAGGAUCCAAUGUUGAACAAGUUAUGAUGUGGAUGUGCCUAAUCUGGUGAUCUCUAUUUGCGGAUUGGCUAGUCAAUAAUUCAAAACAGUACCC